CAUAAACCCAUCCAACUUUUGCCAUCAACCCUUCACUUUCACCUCGGCACCCCUAGCCGCCAGAGUUUGUACACUUGGUUGUACGUACAGCAGAACUCUCUCAUUGAUCCUUAACCCUCCCUCGAGUCAAGAGAGUGAGAGCGUCUCGACUUUGGACUUUGACAGUCUUGGCAUCGCCAAUCAUGGCUUCGUCAUCUUCCUCCGUGCCGGAGUUGGCUGCCGCCUUCCCUGAUGGCACUACCGACUUCAAGCCCAUGAGGAACACCAAGGGCUACGACGUCAGCAAGCCGCACAUUUCCGAGACACCUAUGACACUCAAGAACUGGCAUAAGCACGUCAACUGGCUCAACACCACCUUCAUCUUGUUUGUGCCCCUGGCUGGUCUCAUAUCCACUUACUGGGUCCCUCUGCAGUGGAAGACGGCUGUAUGGGCUGUCGUCUACUACUUCAACACCGGCCUGGGAAUUACUGCCGGUUACCACCGACUUUGGGCUCACAGCUCGUACAAGGCCUCGCUUCCGCUCAAAAUCUACCUUGCCGCCGUUGGCGCUGGUGCCGUCGAGGGCUCCAUCAGAUGGUGGUCCAACGGUCACCGCGCACACCACCGAUACACCGAUACCGAGAAGGACCCCUACUCAGUCCGCAAGGGUCUCCUGUACUCACACAUGGGAUGGAUGCUUCUGAAGCAGAACCCCAAGAAGCAGGGCCGCACCGACAUCACCGACCUGAACGAGGACCCCGUUGUCGUUUGGCAGCACCGCAACUUCCUCAAGUGUGUUAUCUUCAUGGCCCUCGUCUUCCCCACACUUGUGGCUGGCCUUGGCUGGGGUGACUACUGGGGAGGUUUCAUCUACGGAGGUAUUCUGCGUGUCUUCUUCGUCCAGCAGGCCACCUUCUGCGUCAACUCGCUUGCCCACUGGCUCGGUGACCAGCCUUUCGACGAUCGCAACUCGCCGCGUGAUCACGUCAUCACAGCCCUGGUCACCCUUGGAGAGGGAUACCACAACUUCCACCACGAGUUCCCUUCGGACUACCGCAACGCUAUUGAGUGGUACCAGUAUGACCCCACCAAGUGGUCAAUCUGGAUCUGGAAGCAGCUUGGUCUUGCCCACAACCUGAAGCAGUUCCGCCAAAACGAGAUUGAGAAGGGACGCGUCCAGCAGCUGCAGAAGAAGCUCGACCAGAAGCGCGCCAAGCUUGAUUGGGGUAUUCCCUUGGAGCAGCUUCCCGUUGUUAGCUGGGAUGACUUUGUUGAGCAGUCCAAGAACGGAAAGGCUUGGAUUGCAGUUGCCGGUGUCAUCCACGAUGUUGGUGACUUCAUCAAGGACCACCCUGGUGGCAGAGCUCUCAUCAACUCGGCCAUUGGCAAGGACGCAACCGCAAUCUUCAACGGCGGUGUUUACAACCACUCCAACGCCGCUCACAACCUGCUCUCGACUAUGCGUGUGGGUGUUUUGCGUGGCGGCUGCGAGGUUGAGAUCUGGAAGCGCGCCCAGUCCGAAAACAAGGACGUCUCAACCGUCGUUGAUUCUUCGGGUAACCGCAUCGUCCGCGCGGGUGGGCAAGCGACCAAGGUCGUCCAGCCUGUUCCGGGUGCUCAGGCCGCGUGAUACCUGACGUUUCAGUUUUAUUCGGUUACGGUCAGGCUCGUCGAUCACAGAGGGCUAUGAAGGCCGCAUAGUUGUCCAGACCCCUUGAUGGGUCGGGGCGCCGUGCAUUGCUCUGCGAUGAGCCAGCCAACGACUGCUGCUUUCGCUGUCAUUUGUUGGGCGUUGAGGUUAAGGGUUUUCUUUGUCUUGUUCUUGGGCGACUCUUUAUAAUAUGUGGCAUUUGUUAUGAUUGUUGUUAGAAGGUGAUCAAAAUUGUUGGUGAGCUACAGCAGGCCGGAUCAGCUUGGAUUGACUACCUGGCUUAUUCUUGCCUGCUCUGUACAUAGAUGGUGUCAUCACUCACAUCAAAAUCUAGUCACAUAUUGGUGACUAUGUUCUCCA